AGGAUUUUAAUUUCUUUCUUAGCUCCGAAGGUAGCAAGUAGAGUGCAAUACGCAACACACCGAAAAACCCUUUACUAAAAUUGGUUAAAUAUUGAAUUAGGGUUUCAGUGAAUCACUAUUUAUCCAAGCUUUUCCCCUAAUUCGUUGAUCACUCCAUUUCUCCUCUGCUCCAAUUCUGCUCGGACGCCGCCGUUUUGAUGAGUUCCCGUACACUGAGAAGACGGCUGCACCACGGAGAUAUUGAUGGCGGAAGACACGAUCGUUGCGAGACUUCGGCAUUGGAUGCGUUGAGCGAACCGUUGCUGGCAGAUGGAGAUUAUGAUUAUAAUAAACACAAUGAGGGGACCUCGCUUGUGGAUAUUUUGGAUGAACAGCGACGUAAAGAGGAUCUGCAUUGGACACUAGUAUUCUCGAACGUGAUUGCGCAGUGGGCUCAAUGGUUAGCAAAUAUUGUUCUUGGUUCUGGGUCUCUACUAGCACGGAUCGUACCAUUCAUUUCGGGCAAUCAAAAUGGAGCUAACAACCUCCUUCCACCUGUUUUACUUAGUCCUUUGCAGGAAGCAAGGCUAAAAUAUCUAAAGCAAAGGCUUUCAGUUCCUUUUGAUGGCACUUGUUCAGAUCAUCAAGAUGCACUUAGGCAACUUUGGAGGUUAGCUUAUCCUGAUAGACAGCUCCCAGCUCUUAAAUCAGUGCUCUGGAAAGAUAUGGGCUGGCAGGGAUCAGACCCUUCAACAGAUUUCAGGGGUGGAGGCUUCAUAUCGUUGGAGAAUUUGAUCUUCUUUGCCAAGACGUAUCCGGAAGCAUUUCAAAACUUGUUGCACAAGAGAGAUGGAGACAGGUCAGAGUGGGAGUAUCCGUUCGCUGUGGCUGGCAUCAAUAUUUCGUUUAUGCUGGUUCAAAUGUUAGAUCUCCAAUCAGGUAAUCCUAGCAAGUUGGCUGGGCAACGCUUUCUGCAGAUGCUCAGCUAUGAUGAUAUGGCCUUUGACAACCUCUUUUGUGUCGCUUUCAAGAUGCUGGACGUGCAGUGGCUUGCCAAGCGCGCCUCAUAUAUGGAAUUCAACGAAGUUCUUAAAUCUACGAGAUCACAACUAGAGCGAGAGAUGGCGCUGGACGAUGUAUCGAGCGUGAAGGAUUUGCCAGCGUAUAAUCUACUGAGAAUAUAAUCGCAUGCGUAAUAACAUUUUCUUGUGAGCUGUGUUUGCAAAUUUUAGACCACUUCACUGAAAUCUCCUUUUAUACAGAAAAAAUUGUAUAUUUCAUGUAUGAUUAUACACUGAUGUAUUAUUCUCUUCACCGUUGUAUAGCGGAGGUGUACAGAGUGACUAUUGGCUUAUAUCUAUUUUCGUUGAAUAAUUUGUGUUA